AGCAGCCGCGAUGGCCAGCACCAGGAGCAUUGAGCUGGAGCAUUUUGAAGAACGGGACAAAAGGCCGCGGCCGGGGUCGCGGAGAGGGGCUCCCAGCUCCUCUGGGGGCAGCAGCAUCUCUGGCCCCAAGGGCAAUGGGCUCAUCCCCAGCCCGGCGCACAGUGCUCACUGCAGCUUCUACCGCACGCGGACCUUGCAGGCCUUAAGCUCGGAGAAGAAGGCCAAGAAGGCACGCUUCUACCGGAAUGGGGACCGCUACUUCAAAGGCCUGGUCUUUGCCAUCUCCAAUGAUCGCUUCCGUUCCUUUGAUGCGCUCCUCAUAGAGCUGACCCGCUCGCUGUCUGACAAUGUGAACCUGCCUCAGGGCGUCCGCACAAUCUACACCAUAGACGGCAGUCGGAAGGUCACCAGCUUGGACGAGCUGCUGGAAGGAGAGAGUUACGUGUGUGCCUCCAAUGAACCAUUUCGUAAAGUUGAUUACACCAAAAACGUUAAUCCAAACUGGUCUGUGAACAUCAAGGGAGGUACAACCCGAACCUUGGUCGUAGCCUCUGUGAAGAGCGAGGUGAAAGAAAGCAAGGACUUCAUCAAACCCAAGUUAGUGACUGUGAUUCGAAGUGGAGUGAAGCCGAGGAAGGCCGUGCGGAUCCUUCUCAAUAAAAAGACUGCCCAUUCUUUUGAGCAGGUCCUAACAGAUAUCACCGAAGCCAUUAAACUAGAUUCAGGUGUCGUCAAGAGGCUGUGUACCCUGGAUGGAAAGCAGGUUACUUGUCUGCAAGACUUUUUUGGUGAUGAUGAUGUUUUUAUUGCAUGUGGACCUGAAAAAUAUCGUUAUGCCCAAGAUGACUUUGUCCUGGAUCAUAGCGAAUGCCGUGUCCUGAAGUCAUCUUAUUCUCGAGUCUCAGCUGCUAAGUAUUCUGGAUCCAAAAGUCCAGGGCCCUCUCGCCGCAGCAAGUCACCAGCUUCAGUAAAGAGGGCUGGCCACUCCAGUGCCUAUUCUACAGCCAAAUCCCCAGUUAAUGGAACUCCCAGCAGCCAGCUUUCUACUCCUAAGUCCACGAAGUCCUCCAGUUCCUCUCCAACCAGCCCAGGAAGUUUCAGAGGAUUGAAGCAGAUUUCUGCUCAGGGCAGAUCAUCUUCCAAUGUGAACGGUGGACCUGAACUUGAACGCUGCAUGAGCCCUGAAGGUGUGAAUGGGAACAGGUGCUCUGAGUCCUUCACCCUUCUGGAGAAAUACAGAAUCGGGAAGGUCAUUGGUGAUGGCAACUUUGCAGUUGUUAAAGAGUGUAUGGACAGGUCUACUGGAAAAGAGUUUGCUUUAAAGAUCAUAGACAAGGCCAAAUGCUGUGGAAAGGAACAUCUGAUUGAGAAUGAAGUGUCAAUACUGCGCCGAGUGAAACACCCCAACAUCAUCAUGUUGGUCGAGGAGAUGGAAACGCCAACUGAGCUCUUUCUAGUGAUGGAACUGGUCAAAGGUGGAGAUCUCUUUGAUGCAAUUACUUCUUCAACCAAGUACACAGAGAGAGAUGGCAGUGCCAUGGUGUACAACCUGGCCAAUGCCCUCAGGUACCUGCAUGGCCUCAGCAUCGUACACAGAGACAUCAAGCCUGAGAACCUUCUGGUGUGCGAAUAUCCGGAUGGGACCAAGUCUUUGAAACUGGGAGACUUUGGACUGGCAACAGUGGUUGAAGGCCCUUUGUACACAGUCUGUGGCACACCAACUUACGUGGCCCCAGAAAUCAUUGCUGAAACAGGUUAUGGCCUGAAGGUGGAUGUUUGGGCAGCUGGCGUGAUUACAUACAUACUUCUCUGUGGAUUCCCACCAUUCCGGAGUGAGAACAACCUCCAGGAAGAUCUCUUCGACCAGAUCUUGGCUGGGAAACUGGAGUUUCCAGCCCCCUACUGGGACAACAUUACAGAUUCUGCCAAGGAAUUAAUUAGUCAAAUGCUUCAGGUAAAUGUUGAAGCUCGCUGCACUGCAGGAGAAAUUCUGAGUCACCCCUGGGUGUCUGAUGACGCAUCCCAGGAGAAUAAUAUGCAAGCUGAGGUUACAGGUAAACUAAAACAGCACUUUAAUAAUGCGCUCCCCAAACAGAACAGCACCACCACGGGGGUCUCUGUUAUCAUGAACACGGCUCUAGAUAAAGAGGGGCAGAUUUUCUGCAGCAAGCACUGUCAAGACAGCAGCAGACCUGCGAGGGAGCAGAGCUCGCCAGUCCCUUCCUCAGGCCAGGAGGCCCCUCCCCCACCGGAGUCUCCCAAGCCUUCUAGUCCCCCAGCCACCUCUGGCUGUGAAUUGGCAGGGACCUGGCGCCGCCACCGAGACUGAACUCUGUGUAGACAGGCCCACGCUGCGCUCUUCCACCAGGCCUCACCGGCUCCUUUCUGAAAGAGCCUGUCUCUCCUGACUGCUGCUUUGACAGAUUGUUGGCAUGUUCUGUCACUGCCCGGGAACAGGACUGGGGCAUCGGGAGCCAGUAUUCAGCAUGGUCUCAUGUACUUCGGGCUCUGCCUGCUCGAGUUCCUGGCCAUGUCGAGCCAUGUCAGUUGUGGAGACAUAUUUAAAAUGAGCGACUUAUUUUAAAUCAUCCAUGUUUCUAGUUGAGUAGACAGUUGGCCGCUUUACCCAGCGAAUGUGCAACUUUUAUCUCGAAUUACAUUCUUUUUAUAGAAAUUCACUCGAUGAACAAGAUUCUCCUAUUGAAGGAUUCUCCAAGCGCUCCCUUCUCACGGGGACACGGCUAUGGUUGUUUCUUUGUAGUGUCCUGUGAGAUGCAACAUGGCCUCUUCCUCUUCAUAGGGGGCCUGGGGCUCCCGGCUUCUGAACAGAAGUAAUGAGUACCCGAGAGGUACUCCUGACUUAGGGAAUGCACUCUGACAUCCCAGAAAGCAGCUCCCCUCUGACUGGGGUGCAGGGCUCACAGACCUAUAUGCCCUCAGUUUCCCCUAACUUUCCCUAUGUGUACUAAGAAAUACUCAUGAAGGUGGCCUGUGGCUUUUCAGUGGGAUGUGCGGCAGCUCUUGGCAGAGCAGGAUCAGCUCGGCUGCAUCAUCGUUGGGGCUUCCUCCACCUCUGAGAGCAAGAGCAGCAGAAUGCCAGGCAGGUCUGCUGAGACCCAGCGGGGACUGGGGUGCAUGGUGCUCCUUGAAUGUCCUGUGACCAACCUUCCGGAAGGCUGCUGGCAGUUUUUCCUUUUUUCCAUCAUCCUACUCUUUUUAAUAAUUGUAUAUAACUGUAUUUGUUUUACCUGCUUGUCUUCUAAAUGGGUGGGCCCUACAGUUCACUCUCAUUGUUAUUCUCCAAGUCUCCCCAACCUGCAAUAAAUCCUUCCCUCUUCGGAAAGCCAUGGGGUGGGCAGAGGUUUUUGUGUGGUUGUUUCAGAAAGUGCAUGGCACCUCUCCUUGGUCCAGGCCUUCAGGGGCCAGUGUCUGGGGCCACUACCAGAAGAGUGCAAAGAUCUUUGCCUUGGCUGAAGUGUAAGUGAUCACAGGUGCUGGGACUCGUGACCAAAACACCAAAAUAAGCAAGUCCUUUAGAGAGGAGCUAGGGACAAUAAUAGGAGAGCUGGGGCUCAUAGAAAGUGGGCUGGAAGAGCUCUUCCCAUGCCAGCCCUGGCUGGGACUCUGCUUUUCUCUGACUUGUAAGUUGCAGGUUUUCUUGUUAAGCUCUGCUUUCUGCUUGUGACACUGCUCAUCUGUCAUCUCCUUGGAACUUUACAAUGUCAGCUUGAAACUCCUGGCCAGGCUCUGCAUCUCUCGGUUCACACUGCUGAAGGAAUGAGACAGCUGACCUGCUGACCCUGGGUCCCACCCAGCCCGGAGCUGUAGCAGACACAGGAGGAAGAAGUGAUCAGAAGCACUGUGAUGUGCAGGGUUAGAACACUUGCAUGUGUCUCUCUACUAACUGGUUAAAAGGCGAGCUUUGAGAACAGAUUUAUUCUCAAUUAUGUGUAUGUCUGUCUGUGCGGAUGCAAAUGCAUUGUCCAUGGGAGUCCAGAGGAAGGCAGCAGAUCUGGACAGUUGUGAGCUGCCAGACAUGGGUGCUGGGAAUCAACAUCUGGUCCUCUGGAAGAACAGUAAGUGCUUUUAACCUCUGAGCCAUCUCUUCAGCACCAAAAACAAGAUUUUUCAUAGCCUGUGGCUAUGUCAUUUUCAGAGGGGAAGAGUUAAUACAAAAGGAGGAGACGGGACACGGGGUGGCACAGGGGGUGGCACAGGGUGUCUGCUGCUCACACCACAGCUGCCUCCCUCGCCUCAGCUGCGGUGCUCCUAAUACGAGCUAAAGACUGUGAGCCAGGGCAGUGCUCACCCUGUCCGUCCCUGUGGGAGGCAGACAGGUGGUGAAGCCUCACAGUCUGUCCUUCCGGAACAGAGAGAACACAGGUAAAGGAACAAGCCCAUAGGUGGUCCUGGCUAGCCAGAGGGUGUGGAUGUCUGCGGCUGUGCCCCACUGUGGGGUGGUGUCCAUCCAGGUGGUGAAGCUGGAGAAUCCUGCACAAAGGUUUGAGACACGGUUCCUCUGUCCAUUUGCUGCGCAAACACUUAGAAGCUGUGAUUCUAUUCUCAAGCUCCAAAUUAAAUACAGGUACUUUAUUUGUGGCUGCUCAGAUCCUGUUGAGAGAAUGGUACGUGCCUGUUCAGACUCAUUCUCCCCGAGGAGGGAAUCGGUGUGAAGAGACUUAAACGUGGAAUAUGGCAGAGAAUUCAAGUGGAAUUCCACCGUGGGAAGUGGGUGCCUGAUGUCCUUCACAAUGGUGUGGGUGCCUGAUGCCCUCCACAACUGAGGGGUCUCCCACCCCUUUCUGUCUCUGCCUCCUUUUGCAAAAGGUGGUGGGCAUGGAAGUGUGUUUGUUCCAUGUAUUCAUUAAAUGCCUUUGGUAAAACUCCCAGAAUCUCAUCGUGGCUAAGAUGGUAAUAUGUGACUUAGGAGACGGGACAGUGUGGGGUGGAGUAACCAUAUUGAAAAAAAGAAAAAAAGGACUGAUUAAUGUCUUGUGGGAAAUGCUACAGCAGUUUACCAUCCCGUGGAAAUAUAUAAUAUUUACCACGUGUGUUAACAUUAAAACAUUUAAAAGGAACAGGUAAAGUACAUCUUGUGGCAUAUCUUAUUUAUCCCAACAUCUAAACAUGUCCAAAGUAUUAUUUCAGCAUGUAGUUGGCAUCACUAAGAACUGGGUGAUACUUUACCUUCUUGUGUGGUGUGAGUCUGAGGUCUAGAGUGUCAAAGUCCAUCCCAGUCUGAAGUCACAUGGGCCUAGCAGUUGCCACACUACAGUUCAGAUAAGCCAUGGCUCUUAAUAUUAGUUCUAGGUGAAUCCAUUUUUGUUGGCACAUGAUGUGCGUGGCAGGUAAAAGGGCCCUGUUAUUUUAAGUGAAACAGGUUCAUGGGGAGUGACGGCAGGAGGUUAAAGCUCUGUGAUGUGAAAUUAAAUGUGUACUCCUAACUCUGUGACUGUCCUAGGCAUGGCACCAGCUGCUGCUUACCUAGUAAUCUUCACCUGCUACCCCGGGAAAGUGUGCAGGGCCUGGGCACACUAGCUGGGAGGUCAGGGCAUUUCUGCAGAUGAGAGCAUGUGAGGGCUUCCAGGCUUCGGUACCCAAGGAUUGCUAGGAAAAUCAGACAAACCGUGAGGGGCUAGAACUCAAGGCACACAGCUUGGUGUCCUGCUGCUACAGGAACUGUUCUUUGCAGGCUUCAGACAUGUUUUUCCCUGGAUUUGAGUCUGAGGUUGAUGCAUAAGAACUACAAAUGAGUCGGAUUCCAGUGUGGAGAUCAAGACCUGCUUCCUGAAGGGUUCAGACUCCCGGAAGUGCCUAAAUGGCAGGUGACAGUCACACAGGUACAUGGUGCGCCAUGUUUUCAACCUUACUGGAGCAUUGUAUAUCCAAGGGGAAGCA